AUGUAUUUACAUUACUGCUUGGUCGCUUUUAUACAAAAAUUGGCAAAGUUUGAAGACAUACCAAACAAAAACAAGAUGUUGGUCAAUUCACAGUUCAACCUACUUUUUGAAAAUUCUGAGAUAGAGAAACGGUUCAACCAACUAAUUGAGCAUCGAUGUCCGUCUUGCCUGCCUAAUAAACAAACGGAAUAUAAGUUUAGCAUGCUUCGUUCACAUCUUAGAAAUGUACACAAACUAUAUUAUUGUGAUCUGUGUGUGCAACAUUUAAAAGUUUCUCUGUUGGCUAUUUGUACUCUUUAUUUGGUAAUCUAUCAUAGUCAGACUGUCACUAUCUUUACGUCAGAAAGAAAGCUUUACACUCAAACUGAACUUGCUCUUCAUCGUAGUGUAGGGGAUCCCGAUGAUUCUGCCUAUCAAGGUCAUCCACUAUGUCAGUUUUGUCAAAAGCGUUACAUGGAUAUUGAUGAUCUCUAUCGGCAUUUGCGUAAAGAUCACUUGUUCUGCCAUUUUUGUGAUGCAGACAACAUCUCUAAUCAAUACUACGAUGAAUACAGCGUGUUAAAGGAACAUUUUCGAAAGGAACAUUAUUUAUGUGAAGAGCCCGAGUGUGCCAAUGCACAAUUCACUCAUGCAUUUCGCACUGAUAUAGACCUUAAAAAACAUAUCACUCAGGAACAUGGGCAAAAUCUUACCAAGGCCCAAGCACGACAGGCACGCACUAUUGAUUUAGAUUUCCAACUGCCUCCACGCAUCAGAGCUAGAGAUAUUGGUGGUCGUCCAGACUACAGAAAUGAAGCAAGUUCUCGUGGAAGAUAUUCUAAAGCUCAAAAAGGAAGGGCAUAUUUUGAUGGAAGAGAUGCUGAUUUACAGAAAGCUAUAGCAGCUUCUAUAGAAGAUGAGGUCCAACAUCAGCAAGCAUUAAUGAAAGCAGAAGGGGAAAAGACUGUCAGAAAGGAAAAGUCUGAAAACAGCUCUACUAAGCCUUUACUAAAAUUAAGCUUGAAUGAAGAUUUUCCAAGCCUUCCAUCUGCUACUGGAGUUAAUAAUGAUCAAAGCACAUUCCAAACCCGUUGGGCUACUCGAUCAAAUCCACAUAACUUAGCUAACAAUAUGGUUGAAGAAUUUCCAUCAUUAACAUCGAACUCUUCAUCAACUGUUAAUGCUGAGGUGAAACCAAGUCCUAAAAUUUACUAUGGUAAGAAGAAAGAGACAAACUCUCAUAAACAGAAACAACCAGUUAUUUUAUUUGAAGAAGACUUCCCUCAGUUAGCAACCUCAAAUAAGAAAAAUAAUUCUGCCAAUCAUGCCUCUGGUACACAACCAAAUGUAUGGACCAAAAAUACAAAGCAGCAACCCAAAAAGCAAAAACAAACAACAUUCAAUUAUAUGAAUAGUGAUUCAACUGAUAUAAGUCUAUUAUCAUACACAAUGCCACUGUCUGUCAACACUAAGCAGCAGACCAAUGUGAAACAACCAAGUGCCAAAGAGCAAAGCAGCAAUAAGCAAGCGUCCAGUACUAAACAGUCUGCCAGUGUUAAGCAACAAACUAAUAAUUCUAAGCAACAGGCCAGUAAUAAACAAGCCAGUAAUAAGCAACAGAGUAAUAAUAAACAAACCAGUGCUAAAGCAAAUGAUAUAUCACCUGUUGUAACAUUGAAAGAUGUUAGUAAAUUAUUAGAUAGUGAAGAAAACUUCCCAAGCUUAACAAAUAAGAAGAAAAGUCAAGAAAACAAUGUCCCUGUUGCUACUUGGCCUAUUAAAAAACCUACUGUAAAAAACUCAGAAGAAAAAAAAUCAAAUUCUUUUACUGGGAGCCUUGUGUUGAAAAGUAAAAAGAAUAAAGAAAAAAGUUCUUCUACAGAAAAGGUGUCAUGUGAUUCAUCAACUAAAGAUGUAAAGAAACCUGUGCCUGCUGCUGAUUCUUCUGAAAGUAGUGCUGCUGCCUCCGACUCUGAUAGCUCAAGAGGGAAUAGUAAAAGUUGUGUGGAUUGUGUGAUACAGUUAAAUGGUAAAGCAGAGUUGGAUGAAGGUAGGGCUGAUAAAAUAGGUAAAAACUGGGAAGAGUCAGAUGUAAAAACUGACACAAAGCAAAACACAAGUAACAAACAGCUUGAUGCUAGACCCAAAGAAUUUACUGUUCAAAAUAUACUGUCUGAAGAAGAUUUCCCUGCUCUUUGCAAAAAUGACAAACUUAUACAGGGAUCAGGUUUAAAAACUUCUGUGAAACCACCUCCUGGUUUUGCAGGUUUUCCUAACAACAAAGACAGUAGUUCAGCCUAUAAAUCUUUACUGCCCCGACCUCCACCAGGCCUUUCAUUGUCAAAUUCUGCAAUUACUAACUUUCAACAAGCACUAACUGGUCAACAUCCAAUAAAUACAACCCUUAAAUUUAAUUACUGUCCCCCUUCAAAUUUUGUGGGACGUAACCGACAAUUGAUCACUGAGAUUCGCACUGCUCUUUCCAAUGAUGAAAAUCGUUUUGACACUUUUAAAUCAUUAUCUCAAGAUUUCCGUCAUGGUGUAAUCUCAUCCCAAGAAUACUAUCGCCAGUGUUUUGAUUUACUUGGGUCUGAAAACUUCCCUAAUAUUGUUCAAGAACUUAUUGCUCUUUUGCCAGAUAUUGCUAAGCAACAGGCUUUAUUUGGGGUUCAUCAAGACAACUCCUCCACACAAAUUAACACUGCUUCAAAGCACGUUUGGACAUCAAAGGAGAACCUUCUCCAGAGUUGCCAUGUCUGCCAACAAGUACUUUCUCAAUCUGACUAUAAGGCACACAUUUCUCUCUACCAUCAAAAUAGUGACUUCACAUGGGAUUCUAGAGAGCCAUCUUCAUGGUCAUGUGGUAAUUUUCAGAAUACUAGUUUGGUUAAAGCAAAAUAA